AUGCCAACUAAACAGCAGAUGACUGGAGAAAGGUGGUCUGGACAGACGAGUCGAGCUUCGAAAUUGGCAAGCAGUCGUCACUGCCCAGAUGGUACAAUUUCAAUCAUGGUUUGGAGCGCCAUAGCUGGUAGAAAGAAGUUAAAACUUGUGUUUAUGAAGAAAGGUACGAGAACAAGUGCCGACUUCAUAAACCAGGUCUAUGAGCCAGUAUUACUAGACUUUUACAGAAAUCUAGAUAGUCCUGUGCUCAUGGAUGAUGGUGCACUCGUCCAUAGAGCAAAAAUUGCUGUCGAAUGGAGGGGGGCAACGGGCAUAAAGAAGAUGUCUUGGCCGGCUCAGUCACUGGAUUUAAAUCCAAUCGAAAAUUGUGGAGCAUGA